AGAUGGGGCUCCUGGCAGCACUGGUCGCUCUGCUCUGCAUCUACACCGCAGCGCGUGGAGUGGAGGGAUGCAGCAGUUUUAGACACCUGGAGAAUGGGCUGACGUUUUUCCGUUACGGAGGACUGCUGGUGAUCUUUCGCUGUCGCCCUGGCUACAAGCUCCAUGGAUACAAAACCAACAGCUGUGUGUCUGGGAUCUGGUCCAGGGACACCCCGGUGUGUGUCGGCUCCGGCUGCACUAACCCAGGGCCCCAGGCACACGGGAUAAGCAGCAUGAAUGAGGAUGGCUCCUGGACGGUGUUCAGCUGUCAUAGUGGCUUUCGACUACAGGGGCCCUCUAUGUUAUACUGUAAGGGCCACAUCUGGAAUAGCACAAAGCCGGUAUGCAAAGAGUUAGACUUGAUGGGCUUGUCUUCAGGUGUCAGUGUGCAAAAACCAAACACACUGCGGAACCUGCAGGCUGCCGUAGUUCUGAAGACUCAACAACAAUCCCACUACGACACCCUCGCUAAUACUGCCUCCAAAGAAUCAAACCUAAAAUUAAGUUUGUCUCACGCUCCGCCUCAAAGGUCCAGCAUGCCCAGCAGUGAAACAGAGUUCUCAUCCAGAGAACCUGUCACAUACUGGGAUGAUGUGUCUCCCUCUGAAGUUGUAACAAGCUCCUUACAAACUGAUAAAGACCAGCAGGUUGAAACUAGUUUCCAGUAUCCUCCUUCGUCUCAGCCUUCUGGAGGAAAGGUGGAUCCCACAGAGACUUUACCAACUGUAUCUGUUCAUUUAACAUCUACCAGAGCUUCAUCGCCUUCCCCUUCCUUAUCACCCUUUCAUCUCAACCCCACCCAGUCCAAUAUUAAAACUUAUGUUUCUUCAAACACUUCCAGCCCCACUGAGUCCAGAUCUAAUGGUUCUGAAUACCACAACACCACCUCUACACCCCCUCCGCUGUCUCUGACUCUCAGCAGACAACCUGUGUGCACGCACCCACCUGUGCCCGCUCAUGGGACCUUCUAUUUACAUAAUGCGGAGAAUCCAGGUCCCACAGAAUACAAACAGUACAUCCAGUAUGCCUGCUAUCCUGGUUAUACGCUGGCUCAUGGAGACAUACACAGCUACUGCCAGCGGGGGGGCGUCUGGAGCGGCACCACACCUGUUUGUCUGGAGCUGACACCAUGUUCAGUAAACAACGGAGGCUGUUCGCAGCUGUGCUCUCUCUCCCAGCACCUCAACCAGAGCUUCAACCAGACCCACACCAUAACUCAGUGCCACUGCAAAGCAGGAUUCACUCUGGUGGAGGACGGGAGAACAUGUCGAGAUUUAGAUGAGUGUGUGGAGGGGCAGUACCGGUGUCGGCAGAGAUGCAUCAACACAUUUGGAUCCUUUAAGUGCAGCUGUGAUGACGGUUAUCAAUCAGCUGAUGACCAGACCUCCUGCACGGAUGUGGAUGAGUGCAUGCUGCCUGCAGCUGUAACUGGCUGUGUGUUUGGUUGUGUUAACACUCCCGGGAGCUUCCACUGCCAGUGUCCCUCUGGAUACAGCCUGCAGACUGCCCACAGCCACUGCCAAGAUAUUGAUGAGUGUGCUGAUAAUCAGGGGCUCGAGCCGUGCACGGAGCAGUGUCACAAUACCCCAGGAUCAUACCGAUGUUCCUGCUUGUACGGGCACAUCUUAGCCGGAGACGGACACAGCUGCAUCCCUGAGUGUCCAUCUGGAUACAGGAAGCAACCGACAACAUCUGAUAACCAAACUACAAAAGCUCUUAGGGAGGAGUGUGUAGAUGUGAAUGAGUGCCAGGAGGAAAUGUGUGAGUGGCAGUGCAUUAACCUGCCAGGCUCUCACCGCUGCAUCUGCCCCCGAGGAUACACACUGCACCAAGAUGGGCGGCGCUGCAAAGACAUUAAUGAGUGCAGUCGGAAAAAUGGAGGCUGUUCUCACCUGUGUGUGAACCAGAAAGGUGUCUAUAAAUGUGCCUGCCCCGCCACCCACCGCCUCUCCCCCUACAGCUGGAAGAAAUGUGUACCAAGGACGACAGCAAACAGUGCAGGCUGAGCAGGAGGCUAUACUGUUUCUUGUCCAUCUUUAUAUCUUCCAAUGUGAAGACACACAUAAAUAAGUAUCACUACUAUUUUUACUGACGGUGUACAUCAUCCUCUAACUGGGUUUUAUGGUCUUCACAGCCCAAAAACCAAGUGAAUGGUUAAAUAAUAAACAAUAACAUGAGUUGUUUUAUCUAUUUAU